AUAGUUUGUAUUGGCUCAGUGGCAGAAUUGGAAGAGCUGUCUGGAGUGAAAGUAACUGAUCUCCAUCGAGAAAGUAUUGAUCACCUAAAUAUCCCUUCACGCUGUGGAAAGGGCCUCCUGCACCGGGUCCCUGAAGUUUUUGAUUGCUGGUUUGAGAGUGGAAGCAUGCCUUAUGCACAAGUCCAUUACCCAUUUGAAAACAAAAAAGAACUUGAAGAUGCUUUCCCUGCUGACUUCAUUGCUGAAGGCAUUGAUCAAACCCGAGGAUGGUUCUACACUUUGCUGGUGCUGUCCACUGCUCUUUUUGGAAGGCCUCCUUUCAAGAAUGUCAUCGUGAAUGGCCUUGUCCUUGCCAGUGAUGGCCAAAAAAUGAGCAAAAGAAAGAAGAAUUAUCCUGAUCCGAUGAGUAUUGUAAAUAGUUAUGGAGCUGAUGCACUAAGGUUAUACCUGAUCAAUUCUCCUGUGGUUAGAGCAGAAAACCUGAGAUUUAAGGAGGAAGGAGUAAGGGAUAUACUGAAGGAUGUCUUCCUGCCCUGGUACAAUGCAUAUCGCUUUCUUGUUCAGAACGUUCAGAUCCUGCAACAUAAGGAUGAGGGAAGAGAAUUCCUUUACAAUGAGAACACAGUUAAGGAGAGCGAUAACAUCAUGGAUAAAUGGAUUCUUUCUUUCACCCAGUCACUCAUUCAGUUCUUCAAAGCUGAAAUGGCAGCUUACAGACUGUACACUGUAGUCCCUCGGUUAGUGAAGUUUGUUGAUAUUCUGACCAACUGGUAUGUUAGAAUGAAUCGCAGAAGACUAAAGGGUGAGAAUGGGACUGAAGACUGCAUUAUGGCCUUGGAAACCUUGUUUAGUGUUUUGUUCUCCAUGUGCAGACUUAUGGCGCCAUAUACCCCAUUUAUCACUGAGCUGAUGUACCAGAACCUGAAGACACUUAUUGAUCCAGCUUCGGUUCAGGAAAAGAAUACUGAAAGCAUCCACUACCUCAUGCUUCCCCAAGUGAGGGAGGAUCUCAUCGACAAAAAAAUUGAAAGUGCCGUUUCUUGUUUGCAGUCUGUUAUUGAGCUUGGACGAGUAAUCAGAGACAGAAAAACCAUUCCAGUAAAGUAUCCUUUGAAAGAAGUAGUUGUUAUCCAUCAGGAUCCAGAGGCUCUGGAAAACGUCAGAUCUUUAGAGAAGUACAUACUUGAGGAACUUAAUGUACGUAAAGUGACACUAUCUACUAAUAAAGAUAAAUAUGGAGUCCGGCUGCGAGCAGAACCAGACCACAUGGUACUUGGGAAGCGUUUGAAAGGUGCGUUUAAGCAUGUCAUGGCUGCAAUCAAAGAGCUGAAGAGUGAGCAGCUGGAGGAAUUCCAGGAGACGGGCACCAUUGUUGUAGAAGGACAUGAACUCCAUGGGGAAGAUCUUCGUCUCAUGUACACCUUUGAUCAGGUUGCAGGAGGAUCUGCCCAGUUUGAAGCACAUUCUGAUGCUCAGGUUUUAGUUCUGCUAGAUGUUACCCCAGACCAGUCCAUGCUGGAUGAAGGAGUUGCCCGGGAAGUGAUUAAUCGCAUCCAGAAGCUUCGCAAGAAGCGAAAUCUGGUUCCUACGGAUGAGAUUACAGUGUACUACAGAUCACAUCCAGAAGGUGACUACCUGGAUACUGUUAUUAAGGAACAUACGGAUUUCAUUUUUGCAACAAUAAAGGCUGCCCUGAAGCCUUACCCGGUGCCUACCUCAAAAGAAGUUCUUAUCCAGGAAACAACCCAACUGAAGGGAUCAGAGCUAGAAAUUACACUCGUCAGGGGCGGUUUGUGUCAGUGUGUUGGUCCAGCCUGUGCCUACGUCAACCUCAAAGUUUGCGUUAAUGGGACAGAGCAAGAUGGUGUGUUGCUGCUGGAAAAUCCAAAAGGAGAUAAUACUUUGAACUUCACUGGACUUGUAGAUGCUGUCUCCUGCAUUUUUGGUCUUAAAAAUUCAAAACUGACAGUUUUUAAUGGAAAAACAGAACUGAUAAACAAAACUGACUUGCUUAGUCUCAGUGGAAAGACUCUCCAUGUGACAACAGGGUCAGCACCUGCUCUGCUCAGCUCUCCCGAUGCUCUGCUCUGCCAGUAUAUCAACUUGCAGUUAAUGAAUGCAAAACCACAAGAAUGUCAGAAAGGAACAGUGGGAACUCUUCUAAUGGAAAACCCCGUUGGUCAGAAUGGAUUAACAUACCAAACUCUUCUACAUGAAACUGCAAAAGUUUUUGGGCUCAGAAGCAGGAGGCUAAAAUUGUUCCUGGAUGAAGCACAAACUGAGGAGAUCACAAAGGACGUCUCCAUGAAGAACCUGAACAUGAAGACUGUGUAUGUUUGUGUUAUACCCACCACAGCUGAAUGUUGAGAAUUCCAUUUUUAUGAAUAAGACAAAUGUGGACUUUUUUCCACAAAAAAUGAAGUCAAAUUAAAUUAGUAUGCUUUUAGAUUAACAUCCAAGUUGUGUUUGGUAUUUUUAACAUCUCGAGUUGCACACAGGAUGUUUCUACCAGUGCAUGAUAAUAUGCUGCUCUUUGGUUUAAAAUACAAUGUAUUUUAAUUAUGUUACCUUACGAUACUGUAAAAGCUGUUCAGAAAAAUGUUGGAACUCUUUAACCUUAGAUAUCUAUGCAGUAAUUUGCCUGAAAGAAAUGGGACUAGUACCUCAGUGAUGCUGUUCUCUGCCUGUCCUUUAUGCAGAGGGCAUCUUCGAUUUUCUAAACCAUGGGUUACCCACAAGGCUCUGUGAUAUAUAUACCACGUUACA